CCGCCGCCGCACCCCAACCUCCGUCGGAGCCCGCCUCGGCUGACCCUAUCCCGCUCUUCCGCCGCCGCGCCACCCCCGGACUGGACCCACGGUCGCCGUCACGCCGGUCACCCAGAUCCGUCCCAUCCUCCGUCGGAGCCCGCCUCGGCCGACCCCGUCCCGCUCUUCCGCCGCCGCGCCACCCCCGGACUGGAUCCAUGGUCGCCGUCAGGCGGGUCGUCGGGACGCCGGUCGCCAUCACGCGGGUCGCCGUCACGCCGGUCGCCCAGAUCCGUCUCCAGGCCGAGCCGCCGCCAUGCCGGUACACGCCGCCCUGGGCCACAUGCACGCCGGCCGUCAGAUGCGCCUCCAGGCCGGGCCGCCGCCACGCCGGUGCGCCUCUACGCCGGCCUGGAUCCAACGCUGCGUUGGGCCACCUCCGCAUGUCCUCCAUGCCGGGCCGUUGGCGCGCCUCUACGCCAAGCUGGGUCGGGUCGCCUCCACGCGCGCAUGAAGGUGCCACGUUCUUGGCAACCGUGUUGACGGCCGUCAAGCAACCGCUCCAGGAACCACGAAGAAGGAAGCGAGUUGGAGAUUCUCGCGCCUACAAAAGCAGUGCCUGGACUUGCUAGCUGCUAUUCCCCUUGCACACACCAAAGGGUUGUGCUUCUUACACGGCGGGAGGGUGGCCGGCAGCCUUGGAUGUUUGCUACGUUCAGGUGUUGCUGAAUUCAACUAUUUGCUGUUGCCACUGAUUGCUGCUUUUGAAAAGAUAAGAAGCGACUAGAAAACUGCUGAAAGAGUCGGAUAAGGAAUUUGGAUAUCAGAAGAAGAUUUCAUCACUGUCGAAAUCAUCGGAUUGAUCGAAUUUCAUUACAGGCUCAUUGGACAAAUCUGCUAAGAUGCCCGAGAACAAUGUAGAAUUGGUUAGCAUGAGUAGGGCACAGAUCAGGGAGAAGCGUAGGAAGAAGAGAAAGAGAUUAGCUGUUUUAUUUGUUGGUGCCGUCAUGGGGAUGAUUGCAGAUUGGUAUCAUUGAACAAUACCUAAACAUAUCAUUGAUCCUAGUGAAGUGGCAGAGCGAGAUGUUGCAAGACGUAAACAAAUGCUUAGGAAUCUUUACCAGGGCUCAGACGUAUAUUGCUAUGACAGUUUGCGCCUAACUAAAAGGUCAUUUUUUGACCUAUGCGCAGUCCUACGUGAGAGGUGUGCCAUGUCUGACACAUUAAAUGUGUCGGUAGAAGAAAAAGUUGCAAUGUUUUUGCUUAUAGUGGGCCAUGGAAUAAAGAUGAGGAUCAUUCGUAGCAGAUAUGGGUGGUGUCUCGAGCCAAUCAGUUGCCACUUCAAUGAGGUAUUGCAAGGGGUUCUAUCACUAUGCCAUGAAUUUAUUAAGCUUCCAGAUCCGUCAGUUGUAGAGCCCGAGGAUUACAAGUGGAAAUGGUUUCAAGAUUGCCUUGGUGCCUUAGAUGGCACACAUAUUGAUGUAUUGGUCCCUUUAGCUGACCAAGGGAGAUAAAGGAAUAGGAAGCAGCAGAUUACCACAAAUGUUCUAGGAGUCUGCGAUCGGCACAUGAAGUUCGUGUAUGUUUUAGCGGGAUGGGAAGGAUCGGCAUCGGAUUCACGUGUACUACGUGAUGCAAUGUCCCGUGACGACGCAUUUACUGUUCCAAAUGGUAAAUACUAUCUAGUAGAUGCUGGGUACACCAAUGGACCAGGAUUUCUUGCUCCAUAUAGAUCCACUUGUUAUCAUUUGAACGAGUGGGCUGCUCAAGGACACAACCCAUCCACGGCAAAAGAACUUUUCAACUUGCGUCAUUCAUCUGCUAGAAAUGUGAUAGAGAGGACAUUUGGGCUGUUGAAGAUGAGGUGGGCUAUAUUGAGAAGUCACUCAUACUUUGAACUACCAAAUCAGAAUAUGGAGAAAAAUAAGAAGUCAGGGAGGGGAUAUGUUGCUUGGAACGAUGACAUGGAUAAGGCACUGCUUGAGACUCUGGUGGAGUACUGUAACAAGGGAGAAAAAUGUCAAAAUGGUUGGAAAUCUCAUGUCUACACAGCUGCUAUAAAAAAUGUCCAUGAGAAGUGUGGGGUGGAUAUCACAAAAGACAACAUCUUGGUGAGGAACAAGGCAUUUGACAAACAUUGCAAUGUUAUCAAUGGUAUGCUUGGGUCUAGUGGAUUUGGUUGGGUCAAAAAUAGAAUAUCUGUUGAUAGUGAUGCAGUUUGGGAAGCCUACGUCGAGAAAAAUAAGGAGGCAAACGGGUAUAGGUACAAGACUAUCUUGUUUUGGGACUCAAUUAGCUUGGUGUUUGGUAAAGAUCAUGCAACCGGUGAGGCAGCAAGGACAGCGGGAGAUAGCUCAAAGGAAAUGGAAAAGGAAGAGAUUAGCAUUAAAGAGCCUACUUCAUCUUCAACCUCAGCAAGUCUGAAAAGGCAGCGGUCUGGUGACUCCUUUACUUCCAUGAUGGCAGAAAAGUUUGAUAAGUUCACAGAAGCGCUUAAGGAUGAGGCACCGAAACGCUCUACCUCCAAAGAAAUUCUUGGAACAUUGAAAAAGAUAGAAGGAUUGGAUGAAGACACUGAGCUAGAUUUGUUUGAUAUUUUAACAGCUGAUGAACGCCAGUACGAGAGUCUGCUGGCCCUACCAAUGGAGAGGAGGAAGAAAUGUCUCUUAAAACAACUCAAGAAGUGAGGAAUAUAUCUCUACUGAAGAUGUGAGAGAUGGAUACUGAAUUACUAUGCUGAAAAAAUAAGUCUUGCUUUUGGAUGAUGAAACUCCAGUUUUUAUGGUGGCUGUCACUUUUUUUCUUUCUAAACUCAUGUCAAGUGGUGCCUAUCUGUACCGGUCCAUCUUGUGUCUUAUGCAUUGUAAACUGCUUUGUUCACUGCUGUUUGUGUACUGAUAAGCUGUUGCGAUUGUCAUUGUCAUUGUCAUUGUUGUUUCUCCAUUUAGUUAUGCUAUCUGUACCAGUAUCUUGUGUCUUGCUA